UUUUAAGCAACUAAGUUUAUUUUGAUAAAGAAAGAAAAGACACGAAACCCUAAACCCUAAAUCUUUCUUCUUCCUAUCAUUACUAACAAAAGCAACUUUACUCUUCCACUGCUAUUUCCGGCCGUCGUCGCUGUGGCCGCCGCUUCUUACUCCACUUCCGACAGUACAUUUUAUCCGCUGCAAUCGUUACUUUGAGGUUUUUUUAAAUGGGGGCAAGAGCUAAAAGUGUGACCCGCAAUGAUGAGGAUUCAAUGGAAGAUGAAGAAAUAGAUAACGUGAAUGAAAAAGAAUCUGAUUCUGAGUCCGAAUUGGAGUCUGAAUCAGAGGAGGAAGAUGUGAAGCAGUCCGAACCUUCUAAGAAUGCCAUAUUCAAUAGAGACGGACUUCUUGAUAAACUUCAAGAUAUUAGUUGGCCUGAGAAUGUGAGUUGGAUACACAAGCUUUCGAUCGACAUUGAGCAAGAGCAAGUGGUGGAUGUGAAUGAUGACCUUGCACGAGAGCUGGCUUUCUACACGCAGGCUUUGGAGGGUACACGAAAGGCCUUUGAGAAGAUUGAGGCAACGGGUCUUCCGUUUCUUAGGCCUUCUGAUUAUUAUGCUGAGAUGGUGAAAACCGAUGUCCACAUGGGGAAAGUCAAGGGUCGGCUUCUGGCCGAGAAGAAGAACAUGGAAGAGGCUGAGGAAAGAAAGAAGGCUAGAGAAUCCAAGAAACUCUCUAAAGAGGUUCAGGCACAAAAGCAGAAAGAACGAGCUGCACAGAAAAAAGGGGAGAUAGAGAGUGUUAAGAAGUGGAGGAAGCAGAGGCAGCAAAGCGGUUUUCCUGGUGGUGACAAAGGCGGGGAUAUGAAAUUGCCCUUUGAUGACGGAGAGGCAUUCGGAAGGCCAAACAAGAAAAGGCCGGGGGUAUCUCCAGGUGACCGCUCCGGAGGGAAAGGGAAAAAAGACUGGAAUAAGAAACAAAACAAACGGGACGGAAGGGAUUCGAAAUUCGGAUUCGGUGGGCGGAAAGGUUUGAAGAAGCAGAAUGCAGCUGAUACUACUAACAAUUUUAAAGGCUUUAACAAAGAUAGCGGUGCAGCAGGAAACAAGAAAAGGAAAAGGUAAUUGGUUCUCAAUUUCGGUUUAUUCAAGGUGUAGUAUUGGUCUAUUUAUGUUAUGUUAGAAUCAAAUUUUGGAGUUCUACAGAUGUAAUAGUAUUGAGCUUAUAGUUUCCUGUAGUACCUACAAACUUACUGCUCUCUAUCUUGCAGCAGAGAAUGUUAAUUUCAUUUUUGGUUUCUCUAUAAUAUGCUGCUGUGCUUAAUGAUUUUGCCAGCAUUGUUUAUUUUGGGUAGUGAUUUUGCGUAGAUGUGAUUUCUGCAGUAUUAUGUUUUUA